AUGCGGAGCGCCCUUCUCGCCCCCCUCUCCCUGCUUGCCCUGACUUUUUCGCUCUGUAUGACACUGCUGGUCGUCCAUGGGGCGAGCGCGGACCAGGUCGACGACCAGGUUAUUUGGGCCCAGGUGUGCGACCCGGGCACGCUGUUCAGCACGAAUGUGAAGACUGGCGAGACAUCGGUGGUGGGAGUGACGGCCAAUACAAACGGGCUGGACAUGUUUGGCGUCCAUGCCUCCUCGCGCACGCUCUACUGGGCUUACUACAAUAUCAACGAGAUGCACGCUUACAUCGCCAAGGCCUCGCUCGACGGAUCCAAGGUCAACACGACCUGGGCGGAUGCCGGCGGAUCGCGGGUCUACAGCAUGACCGUCUCUGGUGAUGGCACUGUCUACUACCAGGGUGGUGGACGUAGCUUCUUCCGGGUCGAGGCUGAUGGCUCGUCGGUCGAGCUUGGCACGUUUGCAGGCAACGGCGGCGGCGGGAUGAAUGGCGGCGUGGUCGUGGUCGACAACGGGGCGACCGGGUACUUUGGCGCUGACGACGGCACCUUUCCUGGUUGUGUUGGCGGCAUCGAGGUGUUUGGCAUUGCCCAUGACUCGGCGACGGCGCCCAAGCCGUUCAACUGUACUACCGGCAAGUUUCCGCGCCGUCUCGCUGCUGUCGGCAGCAAUCUGCUGGCGCUCUCGGACCAGAACACACCCUUUAUGAAGACGGUGAGUAGGAUCACUGGCGAAGUUGAGUCGUUUGUCUCGCUCCCCGGUCGCGCCGGCGGUAUCACUGCCACGCCUGAAGGCUCGUCGAUCUACGCCAUCACCACCGGCGGCGUGGUCCGUGCCGACGCUCCGCGCUACGCCGCGUUGACCAAGGUCGCCGACUUUCCCUCCUCGGUCUCGCCGUAUUGCAUUGGUGGCGGCGCCGCCUUUAUCCCGGGAUCCAGCAGCGUCCACAUUGACCUCAUCUCGCCGUCGUCGGGCCCGAUCGCGGGCGGGACUGUGGUAUUUGCGGUUCUCAGCGAGCCGGCCACAUCCUCGCCGUCCUCGUGCGUCUUUGGCACCCUGUCGAGCCCGGCCACCUUGGUCGCCCCGCAGAUCGUCUCGUGCAUUUCUCCCAAGGCCGCCGCCGCCGGCAAGGUCAGCUUUGCCGUCGAGAUCGAUGGCCUCCUCUCGAACGCCGACGCGACAGUGGUGGUGGUGGGUGGAUAUGGGGUCUUUGGCUCGCGGCUGGUGGCGAGGCUGACGUGCCACGAGGGGCUGCGAGUGGUGGUUGCCGGACGAUCGAAGGACGAUGCGCAGCGACUGGUGGACGAUCUGCAGGCGGUGGGUGACAAGAACAUUCGGGACAUUCCCUGGCCAUUUGCUGGACCUGAUGCAUCGUGGCGGGCGGUGCCCAAGUCGGCGGAAGCGGUCCGUCCGGACGUCCUCAGCCCGCAGUGGUACAUGUCGUGUAGCAAGCUUGAAGCGGCAGCCCUCGAUGCGACGGCAGAGGCUGAUGUCCUUGCCAAAGCGCUGAAGGAGCUGCGCUGUGGGCAGGAGGCCAGUCGCUUGCUGGUGGUCAACACCUCUGGCCCGUAUCGGGCGACAGACGAGGGCUAUGCGCUGGCGCGCGCCUGCGCCGCGGCCGACGUCCACUACUUGGAUCUUGCAGACUCACGAGUGUUUGUGGCUGGCUUUGACGACAACGUGCCGGUGUCAGAGAAGGCGAUGAUCCGAACAGCCGGCUCGACGGUCUCAGCGCUGUCCACGGCACUGGCGGACGCGGUCGAGGACGCGGCCGGGCCCGGGUGGGCGCUCGCUGAUGUCGACUACUUUAUUGGCGUCGGGCACCAGGGACCACGCGGCCUCGGGACCAUCCGCUCGGUUCUCGAGUACUGCGGGAAGAAGUUCUCUGCAUUCCGCGACGGCACCGCCGACGACGCGACCGAGAUCGGCUGGGGCUCGCUCUCGUGGCGGGGCUUCCACGGCUUGGCGACACCGCGGCUGGUUGCGCCGGUCUCUGUCCCGGACAUUGAUGCCUUUCCAAUGUGGUACCCAAACCUCCGCAACCACCGGUUUGCGGCCUCGCUCGAAUUGCCUGUGGUGAUGGCCGGGAUGCGUGUGCUGGCAUGGGUGCGGAGCGCGCUGAGCAUCGAGUCAUACGAUCGCCUUGCGCCGGCGCUGGCGGCGGCAGCCAAGUUGCUCUCGCCGUUUGGCUCACCAGACGGCGGCAUGCACAUGCGCGGCACGCUUGUCGACACCACUGGCGAGCGCAGCGAGCGGCCGUUUGAGGCGAGUCUCAUCGGACAGGCCGGGUACGGGCCGGACACACCUGUCGUGGCUGCCGAGCUGGCGGCGCUGCAAGUUCGCGACGCGGCGCGAGCUGCCCGCCCGCUACCGCCACACAUGCUCGGAACUGGCCUCGCCGGCAAGCUCUUCUCACUCGAUCAGUUCCGGGCGCUGCUCGACGGCGCAGGCGCGCCGUUCUCGUGGCGACUGGCGCUCGACGACGAGGCUGCAGAGGGUGGAGCGAGCGCGAACGAUGCCGGCGCGGCGCACGCGUUCACGCGGGCUAUGGGCGCGGAUGAAAUCAGUGCCAUGCCACCGGCGCUGCGCGCAUUCCACGACACUGGCGGCAAGGUUCGCGGCGCGCUGACGGUGACCCGCAACAAAGCGAUGCUCAACAACCUGGUGACGACGCUUGGGAUGCUGCCGAAGGACUCGGGCGGCGAGGCUGUGGCGGUCGAAGUGACCUCUGAGAACGGGCUCUGGCACCGCAAGUUCUUUUCAGGCCCACCGUCAAAGCCCGGCAAGAUCAUGUCGCAGCUCAAGUCCGUGUGGUCGCUCAUGCCACGGAGCGCGUUCAACGGCGCGUCUGGAGUGGUCUUUGAGUCGUUCUACGGCGGGCUGAUGAAGAUGGCGUUCCACGUUUCGCCGCUUGGCGAUCGUGGCGCUGAUGGCUUCCGGCACACCACCAAGGGCAUGUUCCUCCUCUGGGGCCUUGUUCGCAUCCCGUUCCCGCUCAUGCUCCGCGGCGACGGCUACUCGCUCGCGCACCCAGAUGGGCGCGGCUGGUACGUCAAGGUUGACAUCGAUGCGCCUAUCAUCGGGCGGCUGGUCUCGUACGAGGGCGACGUCCAAGGCGGGACGCUGACGCUGACCAAUCCAGCCUUUAAGAGCCAUCGGCAGGAGGAGCAGGGCUUUGAUGGAGGGGCCGAUGCCGAGCGAACGUUUGUCUUUGACAAGGUCUACUGGUCCUACGCCGCAUCCGAGGACGAUUACGCCGGACAGGAGAUGGUCUUUGACGAGCUCGGAAGCCAGUUCCUUGAUGCUGCCUUUGCUGGCUACAACUCGUCUGUCUUUGCCUACGGACAAACAGGUUCGGGCAAGACGUACUCUAUGAUGGGGAUGGCCGAUGAUCCGGGCCUCAUUCCCAGGACUUGUGCAGAGAUCUUUGCCCGGGCAGAGGCUGGCCUGGCUGACGGCUCGCUGACAAAGUACUCGGUCGAGGUCUCGUACUUGGAGAUCUACAUGGAGAGUAUCAAGGACUUGCUUAACCCUGGCGGCGGUGCGGGCGGCGGGCGCGGAAAAGGGCCCGGCGGCGCGCUGGUCGUCCGCGAGCACGCCCGCUUUGGCGUCUUUGUCCCCGGACUGGAAAAGCUGGUGGCAGCGUCGAGCGACGACGUGGUCCACUUUCUGGAGCUCGGCUCCAAGGAGCGGACGGUGGCGGCGACUAAGAUGAACAACUCAUCGUCGCGCUCGCACGCCGUCUUUACCGUCUAUCUCACCACCGAGGCACCGGCCGGCGAGGGCGGGACCGCCACCCUGCGCGCCAAGAUGAACCUGGUCGAUCUCGCCGGCUCGGAGAACCAGAACAACACCGGGGCCAAGGGGACGCGGCUCAAGGAGGCUUGCGCCAUCAACAAGUCGCUCUCGGCCCUCGGCAACGUCAUCUCUGCACUCACGUCCAAGUCGCGGAGCAAACGGCACAUUCCGUACCGUGACUCGGUCCUCACCCGCCUGCUGCAAGAGUCGCUCGGCGGCAACGCCAAGGCCAUCAUGCUUGUGGCCAUCUCGCCGGCGUCGUCCAACUACGCGCAGACGUACUCGACGCUCUCGUUUGCCGAGCGUGCCAAGAAGAUCGUCAACUCGGUCUCGCGCAACAAGACCUCGAACCAGGACAUGGUCAAAGCGCUCAAGGCCGAAGUCGAGCGGCUCAAGACGCUGCUGGAGGCCGGCGGCGAGACCACCCGCGAGCCGGUGGUCGAGGAGCUGCAGCGCAAGCUCGACGAGCAGAACGCCAUCAUUGCGGAGCUCAAGGUGACCGACGACGAGCGCCGCGAGCGGACCUCGCUCAUUGUCCUCGAGCGCGAGGAGCUGCUGGCCUCGCAGGGCAUCUCGCUCCGCCAGCUCGGCUCGGCGGUAGGCAAGCAGUCGACGCCGUAUCUGGUGAACCUCAACCCAGAUCCGGAGCUUGCCGCCUCGCUGGUCUACUACCUGAGGCCGGGGCGGUCGACGGUCGGCGCGUCGGCCGACGUUGCCGACAUUGUCAUUGCCGGCCUUCGCGUCCUUCCUGCCCACUGCGUCCUGGACGUCUCGCUCGACUCGGGCGCGUCGAUCACACCGCUCACCGACGCGCUGACUUAUGUCAACGGGCAUAUUGUCCGCGACGCGGCUACACCGCUCACAAAUGGCUGCCGCAUCAUCCUCGGCAAGUCGGUUGUCUUUCGCUACAUCUCGCCGCUCGACGCCGAGCCGCUGCCCGAGUUUGGUUGGGACGACGCGGUCCGCGAGAUGUCUCUGGUGCUGGGCAUCGGCGGCGGAAGCAGUGCUGGACACGGGGGCACGUCGCGAUCGCCCGGCGCCGAGCCUGUCGAUCCGCGGAUGUCGCUCCUCGCCGAGGCGGCGAUUUUGGCAGACGAGGGCAACGACCUAGCGCGAGCCAUGCAACGGCCGGUCAUGUUCUCGCCGGAUCUGGAACCUGCCGUUGGCGGUGACGACGUCAUUUCUAUCCGGUGCUGCUCGAUGGUCAACGGACGAACGAUUGUGGUCACACUUGCCGAGUUCAAGCAGCGGAUCGAGGCGAUGUACAAGCUCUACGCCGAGGCUGGACUGGGUGACGACAAGGGGCUUGUUGAGGACGAGGUCGAGUUUGACGAUCCGUUCUCCAUCCACGCUGCCGACCAGCUGGUCGGCAGCGGGCGACUCUCGCUUGAGCCGCUGCUCAAGGGUCACGCCAUCGACGAGCUUGUCGAGAUUGUGAGCGAGGACGGCGCGGCUGUAGGGCGCCUCCACGUCCGAGUUGCUGUCCUCGAAGCGGCGACGUACAAGCCGAUGCGGCAGGUGCCGUCGUUUGCGCACGCGCGCGGGACUGAGAUCAUCUUUGUCCUCGACAUUGUGGGCGCACACUCGGUCGAGUCACCGGCCAACUCGGGCAUGUUUGUCCGCUUUACCUCGCUCUUCCCGGAGGAGGACGUACUCAACGUGACGGAACGCGGGGUCGGUCCCGGCAACGCGCCCAAGUUUGGUUUCCGCGAGCGGUAUGUGCUCGUUCUCGACGACGAAGUCUACGACGUCUACCGCGAAGAGCCGAUGCUCCUCGAGCUGUGGGGGCGCAACGAGGUUGUCGACUCGGUGUUUGCCGGCGUAGACCUCGGCGCCACCGACGCAUCCAUCGACACCGAGCUCAUGGGCGCGUUGCAGAGCGAAGUCGCCGAGUUGCGGAGCGAGAACGCCAUCAUGCAGACCAGGCUUGGCGAGGCACAGGCCUCGGUCGCUUCCCAGAAGCGUAUCAUCACCUCGCUCCGCCAUCAGCUCGAGGUCCUGGGAGCCCGCAAGAGUGAGCCAGCGUCGGCGACACCCACCAGCCAUACCGAGCCUGUUGAGGUCACCGUUCAGGGCAGUGACGGGGACGACAGCGGGAGCAGCAACGGCGAGGACGGCGCAGCGGACGCAGAGCAAGGCGUGAGCGACAGCGGGUGCAGCGGCGAGAGCAGAGGCGGGAAAAAGUCGCGAACGUGCGCUAUUCAAUGA